UACUUUACUACUUCUAGUACAGUUACAAUAGGUUUGCAAACUCUUGGGAAUUACACCAGGAAAACAUACAAGACAAACAAUGCAUAAAUAGGUAUUUCAAAAACAAGGUGUCUAGUGCUUUCAUACUGUGAUGAGGGUCUCGUUAAAUCCAUUAAAAACUCUUCAAUUAGUAGCCAUUAGCUUUUUGUACAACUAAGUGAAAUAGUUCCAGUGGAUUUAUAAUAUUACAAUAAUUAACUUAAUUAAAAAAGGUAAAUGUGUUGAAUAAAUUUGCUUACAACAUCAUGAAGUUCUGUUGUUUCCAUAACUUCUUGAAAAUUUUUAUUCUCUGCUUCUAAAUGCUCUAAUAAAGCCUCCUGCUUCUUCGUAAACUCCAGAAGUUGUUUCUUUACACGUUCCAAUUCUGGUUUGUAUAAAGCUAGGAGACCUGUGGAAAGCUUCUCUACUCCCUGGGUAUUAAUCAGAGCUUUUUCACCACUUCCCUGAGCCUCUACAUUGCUAGCUUCUUCCAUUUUUCUUGCAAAUUUAAAUGCAACUGCUCUUACGAGUCAGUAACAUACCCUGAACGUGACUCAAAUAACAUGUGGUCAUCUGUCAAAUCCGGCAGCAGUCCCUGAGCAGCCGGCAGUUACUGGCUAGUGGCUCUACAGCAAAUGCACGCAGUAAAUCUCACACCAGCCAAUUAUCCGCAUUGCAUUGAAUGUUUAUAGAUUAUUCAAAUUGUGCGCACUCCUUGAAUUGAUAUGAUGCUCCAUGAAGACUCUUUGACAAAACUGUUCCGAUUUUCAUUUGAUAAUAAAACACAGUCGACCAAUCGUAAGAAAACAUGUAUGUUGGCACUGGUUGGCACUUAAAAGUUCCACACCGCGGCCGCGCACGACAGCUUCGUACUUGAAAGAUGGCUGCCGAAGUGAGGUGGCUAUGUUUUGUGGCAUUAAUCGCGUUUGACAUAUGCUUGGUUUUGGCGAGUGCACCGUUUAAAAGAUUUGAGUAUAAGUACAGCUUCAAGCCGCCAUACCUCGCACAAAAAGAUGGCACUGUUCCGUUUUGGGAGUACGGUGGAAAUGCUAUUGCUAGUGCUGAAAAUGUGAGAAUAGCGCCUUCUCUUCGCAGCCAGAAAGGUGCAAUAUGGACGAAGGCUAAAACUAACUUUGAUUGGUGGGAAGUUGAUGUUUUGUUCCGUGUUACUGGACGUGGUCGCAUUGGAGCAGAUGGCUUGGCCUUUUGGUACACCGAGACAAAAGGUGCUUAUGAUGGACCAGUUUUUGGUAGUUCUGACAAAUGGGUUGGUUUGGGAAUAUUCUUUGAUUCCUUUGAUAAUGACAACAAGCAUAAUAACCCCUACAUAAUGGCUAUAGUGAAUGACGGCACAAAGGAGUUUGAUCACCAAAAUGAUGGCACUACUCAGUUACUUGCAGGCUGUUUACGAGACUUCCGCAAUAAACCUUUCCCAACUCGAGCUCGAAUUGAAUAUUACAUGAACACACUCACUGUAAUGUGCUUACGGGUAGAUAAUGUGGUUUUACCAAAGACGGGACACUUUGGUCUGUCAGCUGCUACAGGAGGUUUAGCAGAUGAUCAUGAUGUUCUGCAUUUCCUGACUAGUAGCCUGCAUCCACCAGGGCAGGCACCCACAGCAGCACCAGCAGCACCCAGAGUCUCAGAAGAGGAGCAGCGGAAACUGAGUCAAGAAUAUGCAGACUAUCAACGAAAACUUGACAUGCAAAAAGAAGAAUAUCGUCGCGAACAUCCAGAAGCGGCUGGUCGACCUCAGGAUCCUGAUGCUGAUCCCGAUGUUUGGUUUGAAUCUGAUAGUCAGCGUGAGUUGCGUCAAAUCUUUACUGGCCAAAGCCAGAUGUUUGAAUCCUUGAGAGAGCUGAGCCGCAAACUCGACGAGGUAGUGGGUCGACAAGAGCGGGCUCUAUCACUUCUUGGCCAGUUGGGCACAGGAGGUCCAGCACCCCAACAACUUGGAGGUGCUCCUGGCCAGGUUCAGGUUGGAGAUACAAUACGGAGGCAUGAAGUGGAUGCUAUACUUAACAAUCAAAAUACCAUUCUUAGCACUGCUCGAGAACUCAGGACCUUUAUUAUGGAGGUACAUUCUCGUGCUGAUGCCAUCCUGCAGGCUCAGGGCAAAGGCACUGGGCAGGGAGCUGGGGCUGGGGCUGCCUUUGACUUGCAUACUCUAGCAGGGGAGCUGCGGGAUGGCUUAAAUGCUUUGAAGCGGGAUGCUGCUGCCCAGAGAACAGGAGGACCCCCUGCAGGAGGUUGUCCUGAUCCCCCAUCUUGCGUCCCACCUACUGUCUUCCUGAUUUGUGUGGUGGUACAACUCGUAAUCAUCCUGGGGACAGCAGAGAAGCGCAAGCAAAGAAAUUCUACUGAGAGGCCAGCAAGAGACCAGGAAGAGCUGGCUACUGGAGCUUAUUGUGCGAGUGUUUGAACUGAACUGGGAGUGUGUGUGGGGUGUCUAGUUGUAGGGGACUGUGUGAUAAAUUGCGUUGUACUUGCAUUCCUCUCCGUUCACAGAUCAAGCCACUCAUUUGUCCACUUCCAGGGCAUUGACUGUGACCAAAGGAGUUAUUAAUGUGGUGUGUGCAAUAUGUGAGAACUGGGUUAAAAAUAAAGUAUGUGUUCUAAUCUUAUGAAUUAUUUUAUUCUACCUGUGUUGACUUAUGCAUUACUUUCCACCACUUGUUAAAACAGACACACCAAACAAAAUGACUUAAAAUAGAUUAAAUAAUGCUUUGGACAUUAAACUGAAGAAUCGUUUACAACAGAAGUAAGUGGACGGUAGUAAUGUAACAAAAAGAAAGCAGAAGAUUUUGUUAACAAAUGAAAAAUAAGCAGCAAUGUUCCUUACUGAUAUGUUUUCAUUCCAUUGUGUGUUCUAAGUAUGUUUAUGAUUAAUAUUAAUAAUUUUUAUGAAUUCAAGAUUAGAAUGAAAUACAUUUAAUACGUGACUUUUUUUGUGAAUUGUAUAUGUCUUAAAGAAGUAGAAUUUAAUGUUUUAUUGUAUGAAAGAUUUUAUUAAUGUUUUAGUUGUGGGUUAAAAUGUAUACAAAUUUGACAGUCUGUUCUUGUCUUUGAAACAGUGUUUUACUUCAAUGUUUUGUGAUUCUGAUAUCUGGGUUCUGUGUGUUGGUGAAAGUGUUUAAAGAAAAAUAAAUAUGUUCUGUGAUUGUAAAUGAAUGUGCCUUGAACUGAAAACAAUGCCAGUGAGCCACAUCUGUGUAAUAUUCAAUGGUAAAUAUACAUUUCCUGAUUGUUGCUAUUGCUGGUUCGUACAAACUAGUAGCUAGCUUGGUUUGGUUUUCAAGACUACAAAAUUAUUGUCCGAGUAUAAUAAAAUAAUUAGAAUUUAUCAUUAGGUUUUAAGGUUGGUUAAACAAGUUUGUGUUGGUCCAAUUCCUGCAACUCCAGUAUGCAAAUUGAAAUUUAUUAAUGGUGGCAGCUACAAGCUAUUGGACACAUCUUACGUUGGUAUAAGAAGUUAUACAAUAAUUCAGUUUGGUAGAGUG